UGCCCCCGAAGCGAUGGCCUCAGAAGUGGUCUGUGGACUGAUCUUCAGGCUUCUGCUCCCUAUCUGCCUGGCAGUUGCAUGUGCUUUCCGGUACAAUGGGCUUUCAUUUGUCUACCUCAUCUACCUCUUGCUCAUUCCUCUGUUUUCAGAACCCACCAGAACGACAAUGCAAGGGCAUACAGGACGCUUGUUAAAAUCCCUGUGCUUUACCAGUCUAUCAUUCCUGUUGCUGCAUAUUAUCUUUCACAUUACAUUAGCUAGCCUGGAGGCUCAACAUCGGAUUGCACCUAAUUAUAACUGCUCAACAUGGGAAAAGACAUUUCGUCAGAUUGGCUUUGAAAGCUUGAAGGGAGCAGAUGCUGGCAAUGGGAUCAGAGUAUUUGUACCAGAUAUCGGAAUGUUCAUUGCUAGUUUGACCACAUGGCUCGUUUGCAGAAAUAUUGUACAGAAGCCAAUGCCAGAAGAUGCAGCCCAGUACAACAUGCAGUUUGAAAAUGAAGAAAUGGCUGGAGGAGAAAAAGCAGAUUCUGAAGAAGCCUUGAUAUAUGAAGAGGAUUUAGAUGCAGGAGAUGCUAUUGAAGGGGAACUGGAAGAAAGUACAAAAUUAAAAAUAUUGCGUAGGUUUGCCUCGCUCGCUUCCAGAUUGAAAGAGUUCAUUGGCAAUAUGAUCGCUACUGCUGGAAAAGUUGUUGUGACCAUCUUACUUGGUUCAACAGGUAUGAUGUUACCAUCUUUGACUUCAUCAGUAUAUUUCUUUGUAUUUUUGGGAUUAUGCACAUGGUGGUCCUGGUGCCGGACUUUUGACCCACUGAUAUUCAGCUGCCUUUGCGUUUUAAUGGCCAUCUUCUCUGCUGGGCAUUUGAUUGGACUUUAUUUGUACCAGUUCCAGUUCUUUCAGGAAGCAGUUCCACCUGGAGACUACUAUGCAAGGUUAUUUGGCAUCACAUCAGUAAUCCAAACAAAUUGUUCGAGCACUUGGAAGAUCAUAGUACACCCAAAGUUGUCCUGGUAUCAUCAUGCCAAUCCCAUCCUAUUACUGGUGACAUACUAUACUCUGGCGACUCUGAUUCGACUCUGGCUACAAGAACCCAUUGUUCAGGAUGAUGAAACCAAUGAUGAAGAUAAAGAUAUGUCUUGCAGUCCCGUGCAAAUCACUGCAGAAAGAAGGCGAAGUCUGUGGUAUGCAACCCACUACCCAACUGAUGAGAGAAAACUGUUGUCCAUGACCCAAGAUGACUACAAACCAUCUGAUGUCCUGUUGGUCACUGUGAAUGGUGCUCCUGUUGAUUACCAUACCAUACACCCUAGCCUGCCCAUAGAGAAUGGGCCAGCCAAAGCUGACAUGUAUUCUACACCACAAUACAAAUGGGAGCCAUCUGAUGAAACAUCAGAAAAGAAAGAAGAAGAAGAAGAUGAAGAUGAAGAAGAAGAAAAGAGGAGCCAAGAGGAAAAGCCAAAUGUUAAAGUACAUGCCAUGGUCUCUGUGUUCCAGUUUAUUAUGAAACAGAGUUACAUCUGUGCCCUCAUUGCCAUGAUGGCCUGGAGUAUUACAUAUCAUAGCUGGCUGACCUUUGUGCUAUUGAUUUGGUCUUGCACUCUUUGGAUGAUUCGCAACAGAAGAAAAUAUGCAAUGAUUAGUUCUCCUUUCAUGGUUGUUUAUGGGAAUCUGCUACUGACAUUACAAUACAUAUGGUCUUUUGACCUUGAAGAAAUUAAAGAGGUUCCAGGAUUUCUAGAAAAAAAAGCACCUGGGGAACUUGCAUCAAAGAUUCUUUUCACCAUUACUUUCUGGCUGCUGCUAAGACAGCACCUCACAGAGCAAAAAGCUCUUCGAUUGAAGGAAGCUCUUUUAUCUGAGGUCAAAAUUGGAAGCCAGGAAGAUGAGGAAAAAGAUGAUGAACUGCAAGACAUACAAGUGGAAGAAGAGGCCAAGGAAAAGGAAGAAGAUAAAGGAAAGAUAAAAAAGCAGGAAAGCAAGAAAGAAGAUCAUGAUGAAGAUGAUGACCAGGACAUCAUGAAAGUUAUGGGAAAUUUGGUGAUGGCCAUGUUCAUUAAAUAUUGGAUUUAUGUUUGUGGAGGAAUGUUCUUCUUUGUCAGCUUUGAGGGUACAAUCGUAAUGUACAAAAUCAUCUAUAUGGUGCUCUUCCUGUUUUGUGUGGCCUUGUAUCAGGUCCACUAUGAAUGGUGGAGGAAGAUACUAAAAUAUUUUUGGAUGUCAGUAGUUAUUUACACUAUGCUGGUGCUUAUCUUCAUAUACACAUAUCAGUUUGAAAAUUUCCCAGGCCUAUGGGAGAAUAUGACAGGAUUGAAUCAAAAAAAGCUAGAAGAUCUUGGUUUGAAGAAGUUUACUAUUACAGAGCUAUUUACUCGCAUAUUUAUCCCAACUUCCUUCUUGCUGGUGUGUAUAUUACACCUUCAUUAUUUUCAUGACCGCUUCCUGGAGCUCACAGACCUAAAGUCUGUACCCAGCAAAGAGGACAACACCAUCUACAGCCAUGCCAAAGUCAAUGGUCGUGUAUACCUAAUAAUAAAUAGAUUGGCGAAUCCAGAGGGAAGCCUUCCAGACCUCGCCAUGAUGAAUCUGACUGCAAGCAUGGAAAAGGAGGCAAUGAAGAAGCUUGAAGAGGAUGGUCAGGAGAAGACAGAAGAGUAUUAUGAGGAAGAAGAAAAAGGUGAGGAUAGAAAAGACAGUGAAGAUGAGGAGGAGGAAGAUGAAGAUAGAGAGGAGGAAUCCGAGGAAGAAGAAGAAACUUCAGAUUUAAGAAACAAAUGGCAUCUAGUAAUUGACCGCCUCACGGUACUAUUCUUAAAAUUCCUGGAGUAUUUUCACAAGCUGCAGGUUUUCAUGUGGUGGAUUUUGGAAUUGCACAUCAUCAAAAUUGUUUCAUCAUAUAUCAUCUGGGUAACAGUAAAAGAGGUGUCUCUCUUCAACUACGUAUUUUUGAUUUCUUGGGCUUUUGCUCUGCCGUAUGCCCAACUACGCCGUCUGGCUUCAAGCAUCUGCACUGUCUGGACAUGUGUGAUUAUUGUCUGCAAGAUGUUAUACCAGCUUAGCACCAUUGAUCCUGCCAAAUUUUCUGUUAAUUGUACCUGGCCAAAUGAAAAUCAAACAAAUAUAAAUUUAACAUAUUUGAACACAUCCAUGCUCUACAGUGGUCCCAUUGAUCCAUCAGAGUGGGUUGGACUGAGAAAAUCUUUUCCAUUGCUUGUAUACCUCAGGAAUAAUCUACUGAUGCUAGCUAUCCUGGCCUUUGAAGUAACUAUUUACCGCCAUCAGGAAUAUUAUAGAUGUAGAAAUAACCUUACAGCACCUGUGUCUAAAACCAUUUUUCAUGACAUUACAAGACUGCAUCUGGACAAUGGACUUAUCAAUUGUGCCAAGUAUUUCAUAAACUACUUUUUCUACAAGUUUGGGUUGGAGACCUGUUUCCUAAUGUCAGUCAAUGUAAUUGGCCAGAGAAUGGAUUUUUAUGCUAUGAUUCAUGCCUGUUGGUUAAUUGCCGUAUUAUAUCGGCGAAGAAGAAAAGCUAUUGCAGAGAUCUGGCCAAAAUACUGCUGCUUUCUGGCAUGUAUCAUCACAUUCCAGUACUUCGUGUGUAUUGGCAUUCCACCUGCUCCUUGCAGAGAUUAUCCGUGGAGAUAUCAUGGUGCCAGAUUUGACAACAACAUCAUAAAGUGGUUAUACUUUCCAGAUUUCAUUGUACGGCCCAACCCAGUUUUUCUUGUCUAUGACUUCAUGCUGCUGCUGUGUGCCUCCUUACAACGGCAAACUUUUGAAGAUGAAAACAAAGCUGCAGUAAGGAUCAUGGCUGGGGAUAAUGUGGAAAUCUGUAUGAGCCUCGAUGCAGCAUCUUUUAGCCAACAUAACCCUGUGCCAGAUUUCAUUCACUGCCGGUCUUACUUGGACAUGUACAAAGUGGUUAUCUUUAGCUAUCUCUUCUGGUUUGUUCUUACAAUCAUCUUCAUUACUGGAACCACUAGGAUCAGCAUAUUCUGCAUGGGUUAUUUGGUGGCCUGUUUCUAUUUCCUGCUCUUUGGGGGAGAUUUGCUGUUGAAACCCAUCAAAAGCAUCCUUCGCUAUUGGGACUGGCUGAUUGCAUACAAUGUUUUUGUGAUUACAAUGAAAAAUAUACUGUCAAUUGGAGCAUGUGGUUACAUUGAAUCCUUGGUUAACAACAGUUGCUGGUUGAUCCAAGCCUUCAGCUUGGCCUGUACAGUCAAAGGUUAUAAAAUGCCUCUUGAUAAUAAGGAAUGUAAAUUGCCCAGUGGUGAGGCUGGAAUUAUCUGGGACAGUAUAUGUUUUGCAUUCCUUUUGCUGCAAAGAAGAGUUUUCAUGAGUUAUUAUUUCCUCCACGUGGUUGCUGACAUAAAAGCUUCACAAAUCCUGGCAUCAAGAGGUGCUGAACUUUUCCAGGCUACAAUUGUAAAGGCUGUGAAAGCAAGAAUGGAAGAAGAAAAAAAAUCAAUGGACCAGCUGAAGAGACAAAUGGACCGCAUCAAAGCCAGGCAACAGAAAUACAAAAAGGGGAAAGAGAGAAUGCUGAGUUUGACCCAGGAGUCAGGUGAAGGACAGAGUCUUCAAAGAGUCUCUGAAGAGGAUGAUGAAAGAGAAGCAGACAAACAGAAAGCCAAGGGCAAAAAAAAGCAGUGGUGGCGGCCUUGGGUUGAUCAUGCUUCCAUGGUCAGGAGUGGAGAUUAUUAUUUGUUUGAGACGGAUAGUGAAGAGGAAGAAGAAGAGGAAGAAAAAAAAGAUGAAGAACCACCAAGAAAGUCAGCAUUCCAGUUUGUUUAUCAGGCCUGGAUUACUGAUCCCAAAACAGCCCUCCGACAGAGAAGAAAGGAGAAGAAAAGGUCUGCAAGAGAAGAACAAAAACGGAGGCGGAAAGGAUCUGGGGAGGGUCCUGUUGAAUGGGAAGACCGAGAAGAUGAACCAUUAAAAAAGAAAUCUGAUGGUCCAGAUAACAUCAUCAAAAGAAUAUUCAAUAUUUUAAAGUUUACCUGGGUCCUGUUUUUGGCAUCAGUGGAUAGUUUUACAACUUGGCUUAAUUCAAUUUCAAGGGAGCACAUUGAUAUAUCUACAGUGCUAAGAAUUGAGCGAUGCAUGCUGACCAGAGAAAUUAAAAAGGGCAAUGUUCCAACUCGGGAGAGCAUCCAUAUGUACUAUCAGAACCACAUUAUGAAUCUUUCUAGAGAGUCUGGACUGGACACAAUUGAUGAAAACCCUGGUGCUGCUUCAGGCUUAAAAACAGCCCGACGGAUGGAUAGCUUAGAUUCUCAUGACAGUAUUUCCAGCUGCUACACUGAAGCAACCUUGCUGUUCUCAAGGCAGUCUACCCUUGAUGAUUUAGAUGGACGAGAAACUAUUCCUAAAACAAGUGAGCGGGCUCGACCUAGGCUUCGUAAAAUGUACAGCAUGGAUAUGUCCUCUUCAUCAGCUGACAGUGGCAGUUUAGCAUCAAGCGAGCCCACCCAGUGUACCCUGCUAUAUUCUCGCCAGGGGACAACUGAAACUAUUGAGGAAGUAGAAGCAGAACAAGAAGAAGAAGUAGUGGGCCCCCUGCCUGAGCUAAAAGAUGAAGAUGAUGAGUAUGAUGAGGACUCAGUGGAGGUGGAUCUCACCUCAGAUGCUGAGUUGCCACAGUAUUCCACUAUGGAUACCGUGGAUACAAUCGAUACUGUGGAUGGUGAUGUAGAAGCCCCACCUUCCUAUAGCAAAGCAGUGAGCUUCGAGCGCCUCUCCUUUGGCUCCCACGAUGACUCUGAUGACAAGAACCAUAUGGUAGUGAGUCCAGAUGACAGCCGGACAGAUAAGUCGGAGAUAAGCAUUCCGCUCCCUUUGACACAUGAGCUGACAGCCAGUGAGCUACUUUUAAACAAGAUGUUUCGUGAUGAAGAGCUAGAAGAGUCAGAAAAAUUUUACGUUGACCAACCUCGAUUCUUGCUCCUGUUUUAUGCUCUCUACAACACUUUAGUGGCACGUUCAGAAAUGGUGUGUUAUUUUGUGAUUAUCCUCAAUCACAUGAUCUCGGCUUCCAUGAUUACCCUUGUACUUCCUAUCCUCAUCUUCCUCUGGGCCAUGCUGUCAGUCCCUAGGCCCAGUAGGCGUUUUUGGAUGACAGCCAUUGUCUAUACAGAGGUGGCCAUUGUCAUCAAAUAUUUCUUCCAAUUUGGCUUCUUUCCCUGGAACAAGAAUCUGGAUUUCUACAAAGACAAGCCAUACCAUCCGCCAAACAUCAUUGGAGUGGAGAAAAAAGAGGGUUAUGUGCUUUAUGAUCUUAUUCAGCUCCUAGCUCUUUUCUUCCACCGAUCAAUUUUAAAGUGUCAUGGUUUAUGGGAUGAAGAUGAUACUGUUGACACUGGGACCAAUAAAGAUGAUUCUGAUGAUGAACUCUCACUAAACAUGGGAAGAAGAGAUUCCUCUGACUCAUUGAAAUCUAUCAAUCUUGCGGCAUCAGUGGAAUCAGUCCACGUCCACUUCCCAGAGCAACAGGCUGCCAUCAGACGAAAGAGUUCUAGCAGCAACUCACACCUGUCCCACAGAUCUAGCUUCUCCUCAAACAGGUCCAAGAGAGGCAGCACCAGUACUCGGAACAGUAGUCAGAAAGGCAGCAGUGUACUCAGCGUUAAGCAAAAGAGUAAAAGGGAAUUGUAUAUGGAAAAGUUCCAAGAACACCUCAUCAAAGCAAAAGCAUUCACCAUAAAGAAGACCCUCCAGAUAUAUGUGCCCAUCCGACAGUUCUUUUAUAACCUCAUCCACCCAGACUACAGCGCUGUGACCGAUGUGUAUGUGCUUAUGUUUCUUGCUGACACCGUGGACUUCAUCAUCAUUGUGUUUGGCUUUUGGGCCUUUGGGAAACACUCAGCAGCAGCAGAUAUCACAUCUUCACUGUCAGAGGACCAGGUCCCUGAGGCAUUUUUGGUAAUGGUUCUCAUUCAGUUUGGAACCAUGGUGGUAGACCGAGCAUUGUAUCUCCGGAAGACUGUAUUGGGAAAGGUGAUUUUCCAGGUCAUUCUUGUAUUUGGAAUACACUUCUGGAUGUUCUUCAUCUUGCCAGGUGUGACUGAGAGGAAAUUCAGCCAGAACCUGGUUGCUCAGCUUUGGUAUUUCGUGAAAUGUGUUUAUUUUGGCCUAUCUGCCUACCAGAUUCGCUGUGGCUAUCCAACUCGGGUACUGGGAAACUUCCUCACCAAAAGUUACAAUUAUGUCAACCUCUUCUUAUUUCAAGGGUUCCGCCUGGUUCCAUUUUUGACUGAAUUGAGAGCUGUGAUGGACUGGGUGUGGACAGACACCACUCUGAGCCUUUCCAGCUGGAUCUGCGUAGAAGAUAUUUAUGCUCACAUAUUUAUUCUGAAGUGCUGGAGGGAAUCCGAAAAAAGAUACCCCCAGCCUCGAGGACAGAAGAAAAAGAAGGUUGUGAAGUACGGCAUGGGAGGCAUGAUCAUUGUCCUGUUGAUUUGUAUUGUCUGGUUUCCCCUCCUUUUCAUGUCUCUGAUCAAGUCUGUUGCUGGAGUCAUCAACCAGCCCCUGGAUGUCUCUGUCAAGAUAACUCUGGGAGGUUAUCAGCCUAUUUUCACUAUGAGUGCUCAACAGAGCCAGUUGAAACUUAUGGAGCCAACUUUGUUCAAAGCAUUUCUAAGGAAUUAUUCAACAAAUACUAAUGCUAUGCAAUUUCUGGAAAAUUAUCAAAGAGAAGACAUAACAAUAGUAGAACUGGAAGGAAAUUCAAAUUCUUUGUGGACCAUCAGCCCUCCCAGUAAGCUGAAAAUGAUAAAAGAACUCAAGGAUUUUAAUAAUAGCUUCUCUCUUGUUUUUUCAUGGAGUAUCCAGAGAAACCUCAGUCUGGGUGCAAAAUCAGAAAUAGCAUCAGAUAAGCUUUCUUUUAACCUUGAAAAUGAGACCAGAAUUUCUAUCGCAAACAUGAUGUCUGACUCCAAAACUACAGCGACACCAGCGACUAUAAAAGGGAUAUAUCCAUAUUACCUCAAAGCUCCUAGUGAUGCCAAUACAAAACCCAUAAAGCAGCUUUUAAAAGAUAAUAAUUUUAAAGAUAUCACCAUCAUUUUGUCCCGAGACAAUAGCAGUGUAACUGAGAAUGAGUGGUGGGUUCUCAACCAGCUUGGAAACAAGUUACAUAACAAAGAUACUCAAGGUUUGGAACUGGUGGUAUUCAAUGACAAAGUUAGCCCUCCCAGUCUUGGAUUCCUUGCUGGCUAUGGUAUUAUGGGACUGUAUGCUUCUGUUGUCCUCGUGAUUGGGAAGUUUGUCCGUGAAUUCUUCAGUGGGAUCUCACACUCCAUAAUGUUUGAAGAGCUUCCAAAUGUAGAUAGAAUUUUGAAAUUGUGCACCGACAUUUUCUUAGUGAGAGAGACAGGGGAACUGGAGCUAGAGGAAGACUUAUAUGCCAAACUGAUAUUCUUGUAUCGCUCGCCAGAGACAAUGAUCAAAUGGACUAGGGAAAAAGACAAUUGAUGCUGUGAGAUGCGAAAUGCAAAUAAAAUUGACAUUUAAUUUUUUUUUAAAAGCACAAAAUUCUCAGAAGAACCAAGUGUUUUAUAGGUGGGCAUUGAUGGCCUUUCCCAGACCUCUUGGAAUCCAUAUCACCUUUCUGACUAAGGGAUGAUGGUGAAGAUUGGUUUUGAUGUUUUUAAAUUCCACUUCUAUCAAACCAUGGGAACUUGCUUUAUAAUGUUGUCAGCAGUGUCUGGCAUUGUGGCCAAGCAAAAGAGCCAUAUUUAUGAAUUCAGAGAGGACCAAGAGGGAAAGGAACGAAAAGAAAAGAUGCCCCCUGGAUGGUUUAACUGGGCCUACAAUGGUGACACAGUUUGGGCAUACAAAAUCCAGCUUUCCAUCACUAACUGUGAAGAAGCCAUGAUGGAAAAUCAGGAGACCGCCAGCACACAAGCAGUGGGGUAUAGCAACAUGAGGCUGAGUCUCUUCGCCCUACCUGUUUCUGGCAAAACAGAGCUAUUGACACAUUGAGACCUCAAAUAGAGAACAAGCCUCAUUCUAAGCAAAAAGAUAACCUUAGUGAUAAUCUCUUACUGCCUUAUUUUAUUUGAAAAAAAAUUAUAUGAAGAAAAUUUCCAUGAAAUAUCAAUGACUUCUCAGGAAAAACAGAAAACAAAAACAACAGUGAAACCUAUUUUGCUAAGAUCCUGCAAAUCGUGAACACCAAUGACGACGACUGUUUUAUGAGGUUAUUUGCUUCACAGUUACUGCUCCUCAUUAGAUAUAGACAUACAGUAUAAAACAAGGCAGCCCAAUUAUAUAAGGAGCACUUUGACUUUAUAAAUCUUUAAUAACUGAGGUCAUAAGCAUUUUCCUGCCUUUUCCCCAUCCUUUAACAUGCUUACCCCUCACCCAUUUUGAUGAUUUAAGGCAAUGGUUUUUCCAGUAUGUGACAUUUUCCUUCCAGUUUUUCAGGUAUACCAAAGUGUUUACAUAUUCCAACUCACAUUUUUACAUCCAAGACGGGUUUUUUUAAGUUCAUAAUUAUGAAAGAAGUAUGUAUAUGAGCUUGGGGAAAAUAAAAUGGCCUUUUUCUUAAAUUAUUAUCAUUGGUGAUACAACCUCUUCAUUAAAGAACAAUGUAGCAUGAAAAUUUAUGAUUGAAAUGUAGUUUUCAUUACAUGUUAACUUAUGGUUUCAAAGACGAACAUUGAGCAAACUGAGGUAUGUGAAAAGAAUAUUCUGGGUAGUUUAGAUUUGGGAAUGACACAGAAAUAAAGCCCAUGUUGUACAGUCAUUUUAAAGAUACUCAUUAUUCUGCCAUUUUGCAUGGAAUAUUUGAAAGGGGUUUGGGGGAAGUGUCUAACCAUGGCAUAUACCCAGGAAUGAAGAAACCCCAAUGGAGAUGAAGAAUCAGGUCUUUUCCUCUUCGCUGCUAUGUAUGAACAAUGUAAUGGGUUACCACUUAGCAAAUAUCAAGGUCCUAAAUUCUAAAGAGAAAACUAUUAUAGUGAAUAUGGAGCUUUAACAGCAGAGUUCAAAUAAUGUUCAGCGCUUCCAAAUAAAUAUUGCACAUUUGUUAUUAUACUGUGAAAAGUAUCACACGUUCGACCCUACACAUGGCAUCUUGAAAUAAAUUGCUUCAAACCACUGUA